AUGUCUUCCUUUGCCGGGGUUGCUCGCCGAAGAAAACAACAAACUGGCGCACAAAAAGAUGAAACAGAGGUAAAGGAGGGGGAAAAAAGGCAGAGCAAAAGCGUCAAAGUCAAAUGGGUUGCCGUUUUGUUUUGGACGAUGAUGUUUGCAAUACUCGUACGGUUCAGAGGACGGAACGGCAGUUUUAGCGACGAAGGGAACGGCACGAAUGAGAAUAAUAACAAUGCGAAGGAAAACGAAGUGUUCACGAGAGAAGAGUUGGGAAAAAAGGCUCUCCAUUUGAGUCUGUGCGGAGAAGUGUUCGACCUGUCAGGAGGAGGAAAAGGAAAAGGACAAGCAGACGCUUUUUACGGCGAAGGCAAAGAGUAUCAUUUUUUCAUCGGUACCGAUCAAACGAAAGGGUUUUUAACCGGGAAACGAGAAGAGAGUAACGUAGACGUGGAUACACUCUCACACGGAGAAGUUCUGGAGCUGGAAAAGUGGGUUCGGUUUUACCGCGAAGGCGGUUCGAGAGGGACGUAUCGAAAGCGCGGCGUAUUAGGGGACGGGUGGUUUUACGACGAAAACGGGGAUAAGACAGAACGAGGAAGGCGGUUUUGGGAGAGAGUCGAGGAAGCGAAACGAAGUCAUUACGAGGAUGACGGUAGUAGCAGUAGCAGCGAUAGUAAUAGCAGUCCUUCUUCGCCUCCUUUAUGUCGCGCGGCGUGGACCGAGGAGAGGGGCGGCACCGUGUGGUGCGAAACGAUAAAAGGCGCGGGGACGAAGACGACGAAAACCUAUCCCAGACUCAACGCGAAAAAUGGUGUGUGCGAGUGUUACGAGGACCAAGGGUACUCGGACUUACGAAAGCUGUACGAGAACUGCCUCCCGAAGAGCUCGAGGUGCUUCACCGGAUAA